AUGCAAAUAUAUACUGGUGUACUUGAUGAUUUGGGCGGUAGAGGGCAUGCCGCUAAUGUCGUCCUUCAUCUUAUAAGGAAUUACUGGGAUAAGGGGCACAGUCUAUACAUGGAUAAUUAUUACAAUUCUGUGGCCCUUGCGAGACAAUUGUUGGAAAAAAAUACGUACUGUACGGGUACUUUGCAGGUGGGUAGAAAAGAAACCCCAGAAGAUGUAAGUAAGGCAAAACUAAAGCCUGGCGAAUCCAUUCAUCGUUAUGGAGGAAAUGUGUGUGUAGGUAAAUGGAAGGACAAACGAGAGGUACUGUAUAUUAGUACGGAGCAUGAAAAUACAUUGGAAGAAGUUUUGUCUAGAUUUGGCACUAAUAACAUUAAACCAGCUCCAAUCGUGCAAUACAAUAAAUAUAUGUCGGGUAUAGAUUUACAAGAUCAAAUGCAGUCCUACUACCCCGGCCAUCGUAAAACCAUACGAUGGUAUAAAAAAGUAGGAAUUCAUAUUAUGGAGACUAUGUUGUAUAAUUCCUAUAUGUUAUACAACAAAUAUUCUAGACCAAAGAUGUCGUUUCUAGAAUAUCGUGAAUCAAUAGUUGAAGCAAUGGUACCAGAAAUCCAAGCCAAAGAGAAGCCAGGUCAAUCCAAAGAAAACCAAGGGUUUCAGCACGGUCCAUCUAAACUAGAAAAGGGCCCAGGAGAUAGAAGACUGCGAAAAAAAUGCCGAUGGUGUUCAAAACGUGGAAUUCGUAGGGACACAAACUUUUAUUGUAAGAGUUGUCCGGAACUGCCAGGACUGUGUUUAGACCCUUGUUUUAAGGAAUUUCAAAAUAAUCUAUGA